AUGGAUUGUCACCUCUCCAUCCUCCUCCUUCUCAGCUGCUCCGCUCUCCAUUGCUUUGGGGAACUGAUUCUCCAACCUUCCAAUGAAGUCAAUCUACUGGAUUCAAAAACAAUUCAAGGGGAGCUGGGCUGGAUCUCUUAUCCAUCACAUGGGUGGGAAGAGAUCAGUGGUGUUGAUGAACAUUACACACCCAUCAGGACUUACCAGGUGUGCAAUGUCAUGGAUCACAGUCAAAAUAAUUGGCUGAGGACAAACUGGGUCCCCAGGAACUCAGCUCAGAAGAUCUAUGUGGAGCUCAAGUUCACUCUACGGGAUUGCAAUAGCAUUCCACUGGUUUUGGGAACUUGCAAAGAGACUUUCAACUUGUACUACAUGGAGUCUGAUGAUGAUCAUGGGGUCAAAUUUCGAGAACACCAGUUUACAAAGAUUGACACUAUUGCAGCUGAUGAAAGUUUCACCCAAAUGGAUCUCGGAGACCGUAUUCUUAAACUCAACACUGAAAUUAGAGAAGUAGGUCCUGUCAACAAAAAGGGAUUUUACUUGGCAUUUCAAGAUGUUGGUGCUUGUGUCGCCUUGGUGUCUGUGAGAGUGUACUUCAAAAAGUGCCCAUUCACGGUGAAGAAUCUGGCCAUGUUUCCAGACACAGUACCCAUGGAUUCCCAAUCCCUGGUGGAGGUUAGAGGUUCUUGUGUUAACAAUUCUAAGGAGGAAGAUCCUCCCAGGAUGUACUGCAGUACAGAAGGUGAAUGGCUUGUACCCAUUGGCAAGUGCUCGUGCAAUGCUGGCUAUGAAGAAAGAGGUUUUAUGUGCCAAGCUUGCCGACCAGGUUUCUACAAGGCUUCGGAUGGUAAUGUGAAAUGUGCCAAGUGCCCACCGCACAGUUCUACCCACGAAGAUGGUUCAGUGAACUGCAGGUGUGAGCAUAAGUACUUCCGAGCAGACAAAGACCCUCCAUCCAUGGCUUGUACCCGACCUCCAUCUGCACCAAGAAAUGUUAUCUCUAACAUAAACGAGACCUCGGUCAUCCUGGACUGGAGUUGGCCCCUGGACACAGGAGGCCGGAAAGAUGUUACCUUCAACAUCAUAUGUAAAAAAUGCGGGUGGAAUGUAAAACAGUGUGAGCCAUGCAGCCCAAAUGUCCGCUUCCUCCCUCGACAGUUCGGACUCACCAACACCACAGUGACAGUGACAGACCUCCUGGCACAUACUAACUACACCUUUGAGAUCGAUGCCAUUAACGGGGUGUCAGAGCUGAGCUCACCACCAAGACAGUUCGCUGCAGUCAGCAUCACAACCAACCAGGCUGCUCCAUCGCCUGUCAUGACGAUUAAGAAGGAUCGAACAUCCAGAAACAGCAUCUCUUUAUCCUGGCAGGAGCCUGAACACCCUAAUGGGAUCAUAUUGGACUACGAGGUCAAAUACUAUGAAAAGCAGGAGCAAGAGACAAGUUAUACCAUUCUGAGGGCAAGAGGCACGAAUGUUACCAUCAGUAGCCUCAAGCCUGACACUACUUACGUAUUCCAAAUCCGAGCCCGAACUGCAGCUGGCUAUGGGACCAACAGUCGCAAGUUUGAAUUUGAAACUAGCCCGGACUCUUUCUCCAUCUCCGGUGAAAACAGCCAAGUGGUAAUGAUUGCCAUUUCAGCGGCAGUGGCCAUUAUUCUCCUCACAGUGGUCACCUACGUUUUGAUAGGGAGGUUCUGUGGCUAUAACAAGACAAAACAUGGUGCUGAUGAAAAAAGACUUCAUUUUGGGAAUGGACAUUUAAAACUUCCAGGUCUCAGGACUUAUGUUGACCCACACACAUACGAAGACCCUACCCAAGCGGUUCAUGAGUUUGCUAAGGAACUGGAUGCCACCAACAUAUCCAUUGACAAAGUUGUUGGAGCAGGUGAAUUUGGAGAGGUGUGCAGCGGUCGCUUAAAACUCCCUUCAAAAAAAGAAAUUUCAGUGGCCAUCAAGACCCUGAAAGUGGGCUACACAGAAAAGCAGAGGAGAGACUUCCUGGGAGAAGCAAGCAUUAUGGGACAAUUUGACCAUCCCAACAUCAUUCGAUUAGAGGGAGUUGUUACUAAAAGUAAACCAGUUAUGAUUGUCACAGAAUACAUGGAGAAUGGUUCCUUGGACAGUUUCUUACGUAAACACGAUGCCCAGUUUACGGUCAUCCAGCUAGUGGGGAUGCUUCGAGGGAUAGCAUCUGGCAUGAAGUACCUCUCAGAUAUGGGUUAUGUUCACCGAGACCUUGCUGCUCGUAACAUUUUGAUCAACAGUAAUUUGGUGUGUAAGGUUUCUGAUUUUGGACUUUCACGUGUUCUAGAAGAUGACCCAGAAGCUGCUUAUACAACACGAGGAGGCAAGAUCCCGAUCCGAUGGACAUCACCAGAAGCUAUAGCUUACCGCAAGUUCACGUCAGCCAGCGAUGUGUGGAGUUACGGGAUUGUUCUCUGGGAGGUGAUGUCCUAUGGAGAGAGACCAUACUGGGAGAUGUCCAAUCAGGAUGUGAUCAAAGCUGUGGAUGAAGGCUAUCGGCUGCCGCCCCCCAUGGACUGCCCAGCUGCAUUGUACCAGCUGAUGCUGGACUGCUGGCAGAAAGACAGAAACAACAGACCCAAGUUUGAGCAGAUUGUCAGCAUUCUGGACAAGCUUAUCCGGAACCCGGGCAGCCUGAAGAUCAUCACCAGUGCAGCAGCAAGGCCAUCAAACCUUCUUCUGGACCAAAGCAAUGUCGACAUCACUACCUUCCGCACAACAGGUGACUGGCUUAAUGGUGUCCGGACAGCACAGUGCAAGGAAAUCUUCACAGGCGUGGAGUACAGUUCUUGUGACACCAUAGCCAAGAUUUCCACAGAUGAUAUGAAAAAGGUUGGUGUCACUGUGGUUGGUCCACAGAAGAAAAUCAUCAGUAGCAUUAAAGCUCUAGAAACACAAUCAAAAAGUGGUCCAGUUCCAGUGUAA